CCGUGACCCCGGAAGCAGUCUUGGGAGGCCUUGGAGGCAAGAUGUCGGCGCGGGGAGCGCUCGGCUCCAUGUGCCGGCGUCUCUGGCAGGGUUCAAGGAAUUUUUCUGUAAACCCUUCUAAGAGCAGUACAGCCAGAAAUGGUGGCUUUCUCCUCACUACCAGUAUGAAAUGGGUACAGUUUUCAAACCUACACGUUGAUAUUCCCAAGGAUUUGACCAAACCUAAGAUAACCAUCUCUGAUGAACCAGAUACAUUAUAUAAGCGCCUAUCAGUUUUAGUAAAAGGCCAUGAUAAGGCUGUAUUGGACAGUUAUGAAUAUUUUGCAGUGCUUGCUGCGAAAGAACUUGGUAUCUCUAUUAAAGUACAUGAACCUCCAAGGAAAAUAGAGCGAUUUACUCUUCUCAAAUCAGUGCAUAUUUUCAAGAAGCACAGAGUUCAGUAUGAAAUGAGAACACUUUACAGAUGUUUAGAGUUAGAACAUCUAACUGGAAGUACAGCAGAUGUCUACUUGGAAUAUAUUCAGCGUAACUUACCUGAAGGAGUUGCCAUGGAAGUAACAAAGACCAAAUUAGAACAGUUACCAGAACACAUCAAGGAGCCAGUCUGGGAAAUGGUACCAGAAGAAAAAGAAAGCAAGUCCUAAAAUCUCAGCGAGUCUGCUGGUGCUGGCCUUUGACCCAAUAAGAGGUCAGAAAUGUAUGUUGAGAUAGAGAGGCUCGACCAUGAGUCUACCUGACCGCUCCAUGCAGCCUGCGUGACCGCACAUGUCCUGAUCAGCUCACAGCAAGGGGCCGAACGAACUUAAGUGACACACUGGACUAGAAUGAAAAACCACUUGACCUGUUCUUCUGUACACUCAUCCUUUCAGUUCUGAUUUUAACAAAUGUGAGCAAACCACUUUGACUGCUGUGCACUAAGAGAAUCGAGUUUGUAUUUUGGUACUCUAUACUGUUCAGUAAUUAGAUCGUGCUAAUUUUAAUCUGUAUCAUUUCAUCUGAAAGUCAAUCUUUGAAAUAUUCCUUACACACAUUUUCCCUUUUGAGCCACCUAGACGGAACCUUCAGUUAACUUGGUUAGUUUAACACCGAACAGUUAAAGUUCUUCCCAUUUACCGCAGUGCUAGCUGGCAAAUGCUAGUUUGGGGAUUGUAACCUCCAAAUUUUACCUCAUUUAAGCGUGACGUUCUUGAACAUGAAUGUAGUGGGCAGCAUCUCACGCACUGAACUCCUCUUGUGGCCCAGACCCUCACCAGGCCACUGAGAAGGCUCACUGUUAUGGAAUCUGAGCUCUCAAGAAAUCACUGUAUCACCUUUUUCAUCCUGUGAUUCAUUCACUCAGGAGGCUUUUGUUAACUCUGUAACCAGCACUGUAGAAAAUACCAAACAGUAAAUGGAAAUAAUGGCUUUUGAAAACUGUACAGGGCACAGAUAAAUAUUUUUCCUUAUUAAACCCCAUGUUGACAAGGC